AUGAGUACUCCAAUCUCUACUGGUGUAAAGCGUGGCAAGGAUGAGGAUUCCGAAAAAGUAGAUGAUAGUAUGUAUAGAAGCUUAAUUUGUAGUCUUCUAUAUCUAACCGCAAGCAGACCUAACAUUCUACUUGUUGUAAGUUUGCUCUCUAGGCUCAUGCAUUCGCCUAGAGACACACACUUCACAUCGGCUAAAAGAGUGUUAAGGUAUAUUAAAGGAACCAUCAAGUUUGGAACCUUUUUCCCAACAUCUGCCAAAGUAACUAUGAACCUAAUCGGGUACUCUAAUAGUGAUUGGGGUGGUGGAGUUGAUGAUUCCAGAAGCACCUCUGGAUAUCUUUUUUGUUUGGGGACAAGUUGUUUUAGUUGGAGUUCUAGGAAACAAGAAACUACAGCUCAAUCAACAGCAGAAGUUGAGUACAUAGCCGCUGCAUCUGCUGUGAAUCAAGCUAUUUGGCUAAGGAAGCUAGCUGACAUUUUUACUAAGUCAUUGCCAAAGAAAAGGUUUGAAGAUUUGAGGCAACGAAUUGGUGUUUGCCACAAAAAUGCCAAGGAGGAGUGGUCAAAUGUUACUGAAAAUCCAGUAAACUUUGUGUUUUUGGUUAUGAGUGCUACCGAUACUGAGCAUGUGGAGUUACCUUCAUUCCAACUCAAUGGUGUUGCUAUAAUUUGGUACGACCAAUGGAAAAAGAGCAGGGCUAAAAGGGCCACUAAUUAUGAGCUGGACUGA